UGUGACUGGAGGCUGAUUGGUCCAGGAGUGCGGCCAGCGAGUUCCCUGUCGGUCCAGGAAGCAGCUCUGAGCUGUCCCGGUGGCUGGACAGCUCACAGGUAUUCCUGCCCCACCCGGCCCUGCCUCCCAGGGAGUGUUUGCUCUGAGUUCUCCUUUGAAGAACAAAACCCAGCAACCUUCAGUGUCCUACUGUGACAGAAAAGAUGGUCCUUAAAACCAAAGAAGAGGACGUUCCCAGUGACCUGACUGCAGAGGAGCGCCAGGAGCUGGAGAACAUUCGGCGGAGGAAGCAGGAGCUGCUGGCCGACAUCCAGAGGCUGAAGGAUGAGAUAGCAGAAGUAGCUAAUGAAAUUGAAAACCUGGGGUCCACAGAAGAGAGGAAAAACAUGCAGAGGAACAAACAGGUAGCCAUGGGCAGGAAAAAAUUCAACAUGGAUCCUAAAAAAGGGAUCCAAUUCUUAAUAGAGAAUGAUCUGCUGAAGAACACUUGUGAAGACAUCGCCCAGUUCUUGUAUAAAGGUGAAGGGCUCAACAAAACAGCCAUCGGUGACUACCUGGGGGAGAGAGAUGAGUUUAACAUCCAGGUUCUUCAUGCGUUUGUGGAGCUACAUGAGUUCACCGAUCUCAACCUCGUCCAGGCCUUACGGCAGUUCCUGUGGAGCUUCCGGCUGCCGGGAGAGGCCCAGAAGAUUGACCGGAUGAUGGAGGCGUUUGCCCAGCGCUACUGUCAGUGCAACCACGGGGUGUUCCAGUCAACAGACACUUGUUACGUCCUCUCAUUUGCCAUCAUCAUGUUGAACACCAGCCUGCAUAACCCCAAUGUCAAAGACAAGCCCACCGUGGAGAGGUUCAUCGCCAUGAAUCGAGGCAUCAACGACGGGGGAGACCUGCCCGAGGAGCUGCUCCGGAAUCUGUAUGAGAGCAUAAAAAACGAACCCUUUAAAAUCCCAGAAGAUGAUGGGAAUGACCUUACUCACACUUUCUUCAACCCAGACCGAGAAGGCUGGCUAUUGAAGCUCGCACACUUCAGAUCACCCCUUCGUACGUGUGUGCCACAGAAGGCAGGCCUUCCAGCCGUCUGCAAUUGUGUGUAUAUGUCUGUGUAUGCAUAUAACCGUAAGAUUGUGUAUUCUUGUGUAUACACAUAUGUACAUAUGUAUUCACAGGCUUGUGUGUGAGCAUUUUUACACACACUUUAAAAAGAGGUAGCCAUCCGAAGAGAGACAUUUAAUUUUCCCCAAAGUAAUCUUCACUGUCUUUGCUCUGGAUUCAGGAUAUACUAAUAAACGUCAGCUUGGUGAGAGCUGAUUUGUGGCAUCUUUGAGGCCAGGAUUUUGGUGGUGCCUCAGAUCUUGUCUUUACCAGAUGGGAUGUGGCAGAUGAGGCCAGCCCCUCAUUCACACGCUGGACAGUGGCGUUUGCCCUGUUGCUGUCUUUAUGUCCCGUCCCCACGAGGCAGACAUGAAUGACUAAUACAGUGCACCUUAAGAUUAAGGAGUCGGGUUUAAUUUCUUUGUUUUAAUUUUCUUUUCUCCCUCAUUUGUAUGUUUCCAUGAUUUUGGCUCUCCUUUUCCUUGCCCCAAACUCCAGGAGGUAUGUAAUCCCCUCAACCUGCUCGCUCGCUCUGCCCAGGCCACUGUAAUCGCUGCAGCGUUUUCUUAUUUUGUUACUUUUGAUUAUUUUGUUUUAAAUUGCUGGUGGUAGUCUUAAUGCUGCUUCUAACUUACCGUACAGUCCCUAGGGAACUGGUCAGGAUUGGGGGUGCGGAGUGAUUUUCACGUUUCCCUUGGAGGGGUAGUGCAUAGUGCAUCCAACAGCUGGGCACCCAGAUGUGGGAUAAUUUGAACUCUCCUGAGUGCAGUAGUGCAAGAAAACACACUAAGAGUGGAUUUGUAAAAGCAGACAAAGUAUUCACUGAAUUGUCUCUCGGAAUUAUUGGCCAGGCGUAUGCUAUAUUACUGACUCAAACUGACACUCAGGAACUUCAGAGAUUUCUGACGUGGAGCAGAGGAGGGGGAGGAGGUUGUGAUCCCCGCAGUUGUGUGCUCCGGGCACACGUGCCGUGACCAGAGAAGCAAACCAGGAAAAGAAAUAAAUUAGACAACAUAGGACAUUUGCCUUUGCAUGAAAAAGGGAAAUGGUGUUUCUUAAACUCAGAAUGAGGCCAGGUAAAGUUAAAAAAGAUAAAACCCCCAAAUCCCUUCUUGAAGUCCUUCCGUUUAAUCUCCUGUGUUUUAGGGGAGGGCAUUACAACCUCGGCUCUGUUUUUUAUGUUUUGUUUUGUUUUUCUCCCUCCUCUUUUUCAAUGAGUCAUCGUUCAAACCCCCAAAUUGGCCUCGUAGUUAUGUCGUUGGCAUCUGCUCUCCACUUGCUGAUUCAGGGAAACAUGUUUUCUAGAUGAGGAGUCCUCAGGUGUCUGCUUCAGCCUCACUUGAGCAGAGCCUCAAGGGAAAGAACGGCCCCAACACUGACAUUUAUGAAACGUUUCCGGGCCUUGUCAGGUGGUUCCCACCCAGCUCCGGGGGAGCCAGCGUCUGGCCUUUACAUCUACGGGGUAGAGGCCCGCAGGCUGGGAGGUGGUCCUGUGAGUUCCUCAGGGACUGUCCUAGGUGCGCGCAUCGGUCUGUCUGCUUGUUUCAUGUCUGUUUCCCUUUCAACAUGAAAUGUGUCCCUGGGACCGCGUGAUGCUUCACGGUAGGGGUCUCGUUAAUGCAGCAGGUUGUCGGGAAGGGACAUAGCCAAGCUUUCAUCACCAGGGAGAGGAUUUGUCUGGCUUUGCUUUUGUCCUAGAUUUCCUCCCAUCUUCUUCCUUGUGACAUCUGACCCCUCUUCCAUGACCUCCUGAGCCCCAGGUGCCCCCGGGGUGGUCCUGUGAGGGGAGCGCAUGGCAGUGGGCCUGGGUUGAGGUGUCCUGUGUGCUGAGCCCCAUGUGGGGGUGAAGGCCCAAGAGGCAGAAGAGCUGCUUUCUCAGGUUCUGAAAGGGGGAAGGGGGUUUCCUUUAUUAUGACAAAUCGGCUCCAGUUCUAAGUAUAUUCCUUGUGUUCUUUCUCCUCCUGAUUUAUUUCGGUUCUGCCCAGCCUUUCCCAUUUCCUCACGCACGUCGUAUUUCCAUCCAUGGUUUUCUUGAUUCACGCCCUAGGGCCUUAGGGGCCAGAGGCACGUGCUCACAGAAGCUGACAGUUGCUGUGGACAGAGAGUCGAGUUGGUCUUCGCUUGACAGCAGCAGGGGGCGUGGGUGGGGGCGUAGCGCGUGCUGGCUCAGGACCAAACUCCUCCCGUGAGGCGGUGCCGUUGAGAACCCCGGCAAUUCGCGAUCAGUCGCUUAACCUCUCAGAGUUCGGGCAGCCGAGCAGAGCCGUGCAAGGGGCCCAAAAGCCCAGUAGUCCUCAAAGCUGCUACCAGGACCGACGCUGGACACUUCAUUUCCGUGGCAGGAUUUGCGUUGCUCCAGCAGUCGGAUCCUUUGAGGAACCCUGGCGUGAUCACACAGCCACGUCCUGGCAGCUGGGAUACUCCCUCUGAACCCUGUGCUCAGCUGUUUGUGGUGCGGGGCAAGCAAGGAAGCGUGACUGGGGUCACUAGAUUUUACGCCCUGUGGUCCUUGUUCUUUAUGAGGUUUGGAGGAGUGAUGUUCUCUGUAGGUUAAGUCAGCAAAGGAGCAUAUCCUGUCCCGGGCAGUGAGAAGUGUUUAUGAAAUGCUGUGUGUAUCUCACCACAUGCAGGCCUUUCAUAUGGUUCAUGUUCAGAAAGCUUUCCCUGGACCCGGUGUAAGUCGAGGAGAAGAAAGGCUUUGCUCAUGGUCAGAUUGAGAGCAGGAUGUGCCUUCACUCACCGAGGCCAUAGUGAAGUUUCCCUUCCUUUGUGUCAUCUUGGGAUAACUUCAUGCCCCCGGUGAUUCUUCUUAUUGAGAAAUAUUGAGAAGGACUACGGGAACCUUCAACAGCUCACAGCCACCCGCGAGAGCUCACUUGGCCUGUGGCCUCCUCCUCCAGUUAUUUUUGUUUCAAGAUUCCGGUGAGAAGUCCAGAAUUGAAUAGGGACCUCUGCUUACCAGUGGAUUCUUCCCUGAUCCAGGGAUCCUGCUUUGUCCCACCCAGGACUCUGGGGGAAUUUAGGACACUGGCCCAGAAACCUAAAAAGCCAGUGUAGAAACGCACUACAGUCAGGAAGGUGGGGUAGAAGGUGAAACCGUAGGAACUUGGGUCCCAUGUUCCAGGAGAGCUGGAUCUGAUUGUGAGGGGAUUAAAAUGUCUUACUUACUGGUUCCUCCUCCUGUCCCGUUCUGAUAAAACCCUGGGCUGGUGGACCCGCAGUGUAGCAUAGCCAGGGCGCUGACCCUCUCCCCUCCUCUUGUGUUCGCCCAUUUCCACCGCAUCCAUAGGCUUCUGCUGACGCUUCUCUGGUCCAUCACCGUCCCAGCUCCCUCCCCAGCCCGUGCUCUCAUCUGCUGUCCUGAUGUCAUCUCCAGGGGGCCACCCAACUUGCUUGCUCUGCUUGUACCCACAGACUUUCACGCUGUGAAAGGUGCUUCUGUUUUGGCUCUGUGUCUCGUUACUGAUGUAAAUCUGCCAUGGUCUCAGUGUCUUCCUGGCGCCCUGCCCCCGCUUCCUCGUCCUGCACCCUCUCUGGGGGCAGAGCUUCGAGCCCCCCGGAGCCUGCGCUGGCUGGUUGACUCCUAUCCAACACGCAUCUCUCUUUG